GUGUGACCGUCGUAAUGAUUGUGGAGACAGCAGUGAUGAGCAGGGCUGCACCUAUCAGCCGUGCCAACAGCAUCAGUUCACCUGUCAGAACGGCCGCUGCGUCUCGCGCGAUUUCGUCUGUGACGGGGACAACGACUGCGGGGAUGAAUCUGAUGAGCUGGAUCACCUGUGCAGGACUCCAGCGCCCACCUGCCCUCCCGGAAACUUCCGGUGUGACAACGGAAACUGCAUACCUCUCAGCGAGGUGUGUGACAGGAAUGACGACUGCAACGACAACAGUGAUGAGAAAGGCUGUGGCAUCAAUGAGUGCACAGACCCGUCCAUGCACCACUGCGACCACAACUGCACCGACACGCCCACCAGCUUCAUCUGCACCUGUCGCCAUGGUUUCCGCCUCAUGUCCGACAACAAAACGUGCGACGAUGAGGACGAGUGCUCCGUCAGGCCCAGCGUGUGCAGCCAGGUGUGCGAGAACACCAUGGGCUCGUACGUGUGCAA